UUUGGUCUUUACAAAAUGUUUAACAUGUUACCGAAAUAUUUGAGAAAUAUCGAAAAUGAACUUGAAGUUAAACUAAAGCAACUUAAACAGUCCACAUCUGAAAUACUAGAUAAAAAACAAAUCUAUUACGAUGAAGUUUUAAAGAUUUAUCGGGAUGCUUUUACUAGUUUGGCUAAUUGGACAAGUACGCAUUCAAGUCUGCUAAACAAGAUUAAAAAUGCCUACGAAGAUUCAUUGCGGGUAAGAGAUGAACGAAUCUGCCAAUUUCAGACCCAAGAUAAGGUAUUCGGUAUUUCAAUGAGAAAAAAACAAACUGAAAACAAGAUAAAAAUGUUGUUACAAGAGAACAAUAACUUGAAGGAAGAGAAUCUUAAGCUGUCCUUGAAAAUCUCAAGGUUAAAAAGAGAAAUCGGAAAGAUUAAAGACGACAAGUUUUCGGACUAUUUGUGUCUGAUGCGCGAGCGUGACGCUCGAUAUACAUUAUACUUCGAGAACGUGGCUCUUCAUCUGAAGCUGAGAGAGUUGGACGGAACUUCCAGAAGUUACUCGGUCGACGACUCCUAUGGUGAUCCUGUCAUACUUAAAAUUGCUUUAGAAAAGUGUCGGGAACAGUUAUCUGCUGCGCAAAAUAAUUUGAAAAGAAUGAAAGAAGAGUACUCAGAGACCAUACCGAGACGGGAACAUGAUUUACUUGACGCUAAAUGUUACGAACUCACCAAGGAAGUGAACACUUUGAAAACAGAAUACGAUAUUGUGCAAAAUUCACAUAAACGAGUCUUAGCCCAGAAGAAGAGCUUGGAGGAGGAGUUACGUGAGGUGAAGGAGCGAUGUAGUGAGCUAGAGCGAUCUGGUACUCCUCGUCCAUGCUGGGAACUGUGCGGAGACUUCAUCAGUGGCGGCCGGGAUCGAUGGUGGCAGUUAGCAAACGGUUUAUCAUCGAGGGACAUGCUGAGGGUUCUGUUAAAGGAACUCGGGCCUGCGGCCGAGAGCGAACAUCUAGAAUACUUCGAUGGUUUGGGAACCGACCCAGCGAUCCCUCCAUACCUCCGUCAUGAAGGUCGCGUCCGCAAUCUUCGUCUUUCCCGGCGUGAGGUGCGAGUCCUCGUUAACGACAUCUGGAUAUCUCGCGCCACUCACAGAGAUCUUCCUCUACAGGAUUACGUCACACGAUACUUUGAAGAGAGGUACCAACAGCCAUCAGUUCGUGCCGAGUGGUCGUACAACAUGUGCGCGGGUCUCGAGCAGAUGAUGGACGAACCGAGCGUGAAGCUGUUCUGGGGCGCGCUGCUCGGACAGCUCAGCGAGGACGUGUACUGGCGGCUGAGGGACGCCUGGCACACGCUCAGAGACAGACUCUACACACACAACGGUGGACAGGAGACCCUAAGUAUUGAGGAAUUGGAGAAGGUGACGCGGGCGACCUUCCCCUUGAAGAAUGAAGUUGAUAUAAAGAACUUGAUGGAUGUCGUCAAGAAACAACUCAAACUGAAGAUAAACGUCGUUGAGGUGAACUUGGAUAAAUUGUUCUUUGAGAAUGAAGAAGGUUUCGACCGAUCGGAACUAGCGCGGGAAUUAUACAGGCAGAGACAACUGGCCCAAGAUAAAUACAUAAGAGAAGUGAUCGCUGAACUCGGGAGGAGGAACCUUAACAAGACCAUUAGUGUGGACUGUCUUAAACGAGCCUUCGCCAUCGUCGACCCGGCCAUAGAUCACAUCCGUAUGGAACGCUACAUCCGCUGGGCCUUCUCAGACCAAAGUUCUGAACUAUCAGCCAUUUGUCCUUUGCCGCUACGCACUAUCGUAUCCAGACUCGCUUCGGGAGACAUAGAACGUAUUGGACCGAGACAUAAAGGAUUUCGUAGAUCUUAUAAAUAAUUAUAUUACUCUUUCCAUAUAUGUUUUCAAACGCUUUUAUGCACGCAUUGAAUGAAAUAAAAACAUGUUUGUCUAA